AUGAAGUGGGUGACUUUUAUUUCCCUUAUCUUUCUCUUCAGCUCUGCUUAUUCCAGGGGUGUGUUUCGUCGAGAUACACACAAGAGUGAGAUUGCUCAUAGGUUUAAUGAUUUGGGAGAAGACAAUUUCAAAGGCCUGGUGCUGAUUGCCUUUUCUCAGUAUCUUCAGCAGAGCCCGUUUGAUGAGCAUGUAAAAUUAGUGAAUGAAUUAACUGAGUUUGCAAAAACAUGCGUUGCUGAUGAGUCAGCUGCAAAUUGUGACAAGUCACUUCACACUCUCUUUGGAGAUAAACUGUGUGCAGUUGCAUCCCUUCGUGAAACCUAUGGUGAAAUGGCCGACUGCUGUGCGAAACAAGAGCCUGAGAGAAAUGAAUGCUUACUGAAACACAAAGAUGAUAAUCCAGACCUCCCUAAGUUGAAACCAGACCCUGAUACUUUGUGUGCCGAGUUUAAGGAAAACGAACAGAAGUUUUGGGGAAAAUACCUAUAUGAAAUUGCCAGAAGACACCCCUACUUUUAUGCCCCAGAACUCCUUUACUAUGCUCAUCAAUAUAAAGGAGUUUUUGCAGAAUGCUGCCAAGCUGCUGAUAAAGGUGCCUGCCUGAUACCAAAGAUUGAGACCAUGAGAGAAGGAGUACUGGCUUCAUCUGCCAGACAGAGACUCAGGUGUACCAGUAUCCAAAAAUUUGGAGAAAGAGCUCUAAAAGCAUGGUCAGUAGCUCGCCUGAGCCAGAAAUUUCCCAAGGCUGAUUUUGCAGAGGUUUCCAAGAUAGUGACAGAUCUUACGAAAGUCCACAAGGAAUGCUGCCACGGUGACCUGCUUGAAUGUGCAGAUGACAGGGCGGAUCUUGCCAAGUAUAUAUGUGAAAAUCAAGCUGCAAUCUCCACUAAACUGACGAAGUGCUGUGAUAAGUCUCUGUUGGAAAAAUCCCACUGCAUUGCUGAGGUGGAAAAAGAUGAGUUGCCUGAAAACCUGUCCCCAUUAGCUGCUGAUUUUGCUGAAGAUAAGGAAGUUUGCAAAAACUAUAAUGAAGCAAAAGAUGUCUUCCUGGGCACGUUUUUGUAUGAAUAUGCAAGAAGGCAUCCUGAGUACUCUGUCUCAUUGCUGUUGAGAAUUGCCAAGGCAUAUGAAGCCACACUGGAGGAUUGCUGUGCCAAAGAUGAUCCUCCUGCAUGCUAUGCCACAGUGUUUGAGAAACUUCAGCCUCUUGUGGAGGAGCCUCAGAAUUUAAUUAAACAAAACUGUGAACUUUUUGAAAAACUUGGAGAAUAUCAAUUCCAAAAUGCGCUCAUAGUUCGUUACACCAAGAAAGUACCCCAAGUGUCAACUCCAACUCUCGUGGAGGUCUCAAGAAACCUAGGAAGAGUGGGCUCUAAGUGUUGUAAGAAUCCUGAAUCAGAAAGAAUGUCCUGUGCUGAAGACUAUCUGUCCUUGGUCCUGAACCGGUUGUGCGUGUUGCACGAGAAGACACCAGUGAGCGAAAGAGUUACCAAAUGCUGCACGGAGUCCUUGGUGAACAGACGGCCAUGCUUUUCUGCUCUGACAGUCGAUGAAACAUAUGAACCCAAAGCCUUUGAUGAGAAAACAUUCACCUUCCAUGCAGAUUUAUGUACACUUCCCGAGAAUGAGAAACAAAUCAAGAAACAAAUUGCACUUGUUGAGCUGGUAAAACACAAACCCAAGGUAACAGAGGAACAACUGAAAACUGUUAUGGGGAAUUUUGCAGCUUUUGUAGAGAAGUGCUGUGCAGCUGAUGAGAAAGAGGCCUGCUUUGCUGUGGAGGGUCCAAAACUUGUUGUUUCAACUCGAGAAGCCAUAGCCUAA